UUCCGUUGGGUCUCGUGCCAAUUUGACACAUUGGAGCAAUGUUUAGACCCACCUUCUGUGCGAAGAGAACUACAAAACCUGCCAAAGACGCUGGAUGCGACAUAUGCACAAAUUUUGCGACGGAUACAUCCACAUCAACUAAGCAUGGCGAAGCGCCUUCUGCAAUUUCUGACUUACAGUGAACGGCCUCUGAAGCUUGAGGAAGCUGUUGAUCUUAUCGUUGUUGAUCCGUCAAGUCAGCCCGCAUUUACGCCAGAAAAUCGAAUGCCAAUUCCCGAGGAAAUCAUCCAAUACUGCUCCAGCUUAGUGGUUCUCGCACAGAAAAGUGUGCAAUCUUACCAAUUUAAUACUGACACAGUGGAACAAGUAACCGAAAUACAACUUGCUCACUUUUCAGUAAAGGAAUAUCUCUUAUCAGACCGACUAGAACCAAAUGUGGCUAAAGAACUUGAUAGAAUUUCUGCAAAGGCUAGCAUUGUUAACGUUUGCCUCUCCUAUCUGCUUACUAUAUAUCAGUUACGCUCGCCACAGGAAACAAGGAAACAAUAUUAUCUGGCAGAGUUCUCUGCGCGAUAUUGGAUGGAGCAUGCGAAGGACGUCGAAUCAUCUUAUAAAGCCAUUAUACAGUCGGGUGGAUUGUAUGGCAAUGCUCUUCAGGCUGCUUCAGUGGAAGGGCAUCUAGAGAUCGCC